AUUAAUUAGACAGAACAAUCGAGGCCGAAAUGCCAUGCCACAGUCGCCUGGCAAAUUAUUGUUCAUUCUGAGACUUCACUUCGAGCACACAUUACCACACGCAGCGGCUGUAAAAGAAGCAGCCAGCUUAUUGCUUUCCAAUCCCCUCAUCCAAUUUACCUAGCUGCCCUUACCUUCCUCGAAAGCAAUAUGACAAAUGCCGUGAGUGCCGCAACGGCCAUCGCGGCUCUGGCCGCCGCUGUGGCGGCUGCGGCUGCAUCAAAUCAUGGCAGCGGCAGCAACCGAACCCUCGACCAGGACACUUUGCUAUCUGGCAGCAAUAGCAGCAGCAGCAAUCACAGUGGCACUGGUAGCCGCCGCAACCACAGUGGGCUGCUGUUGGCUGCUGAUCACCUGCCGCUGCAACUGACAACCGCCAAAGUGGACCUGGAUCUGGAAAUCGACAUUCAACUGCUGACAAAUGGCUAUGACGGCACCACGCUGACAUCGUACUACAAUGAAACGAGCUGGACUAACGCUUCUGAAAUGGAUACAAUAGUUGGUGAGGAACCGGAACAGCUCUCACUUGUGUCAAUUGUAGUUGUUGGCAUCUUUUUAUCGGUGCUGAUAUUCCUCUCGGUCGCCGGCAACAUUCUCGUCUGCCUGGCCAUCUAUACGGAGCGCAGCCUGCGCCGCAUUGGCAAUCUGUUUCUGGCCUCAUUAGCGAUUGCGGAUCUCUUUGUGGCCUCUCUGGUGAUGACAUUCGCGGGCGUCAACGAUUUGCUGGGCUAUUGGAUCUUUGGCGCCGAGUUUUGUGAUACGUGGGUGGCCUUUGAUGUCAUGUGCUCGACAGCAUCCAUUUUGAAUCUGUGCGCCAUAUCCAUGGACCGUUACAUACACAUCAAGGAUCCACUCAGAUACGGCCGUUGGGUGACACGCCGGGUGGCUGUUAUAACCAUUGCAGCUAUUUGGCUGUUGGCCGCUUUCGUCUCGUUUGUGCCCAUCUCGCUGGGGAUCCAUCGACCCGACCAGCCGCUGAUUUUUGAGGAUAAUGGCAAAAAGUAUCCCACAUGCGCACUGGACCUGACACCCACGUAUGCCGUUGUCUCCAGCUGUAUCAGUUUCUACUUUCCGUGCGUGGUCAUGAUUGGCAUCUACUGUCGGCUUUAUUGCUAUGCUCAGAAACAUGUGAAGUCUAUUAAGGCGGUGACAAGACCUGGCGAGGUGGCCGAGAAGCAACGAUACAAGAGCAUACGUCGGCCCAAGAACCAGCCGAAGAAAUUUAAGGUGCGCAAUCUGCACCACAGUUCGCCAUAUCACGUAUCCGAUCACAAGGCAGCCGUAACAGUGGGCGUUAUAAUGGGCGUUUUCCUAAUUUGCUGGGUGCCAUUCUUCUGUGUCAACAUUACAGCUGCCUUCUGUAAGACCUGCAUUGGCGGCCAAACAUUCAAGAUACUCACCUGGCUGGGCUACUCGAACUCCGCUUUCAAUCCAAUCAUCUACUCGAUUUUCAACAAGGAGUUCAGGGAUGCGUUCAAGCGCAUACUGACCAUGCGCAAUCCAUGGUGCUGCGCCCAGGACGUGGGCAAUAUACAUCCACGAAAUAGCGAUCGAUUCAUUACAGACUAUGCCGCCAAGAAUGUGGUGGUUAUGAAUUCGGGCCGCUCCAGUGCCGAAUUGGAGCAGGUGUCUGCGAUUUGA